UACUAAGAAUUUUACAAAUACUCUGCUACAUUUGAGAAGUAGUGCAAAACGUCCCGACAUCUCCACGAGACAAAGGCUACUAAACAGGCAAUUCUAUAUAAACUAUGUUACAAUGCUGCUGCUGCUGACUCUUUUAAUUGCAAUGUAAAAUACAUUACAGGCUACACCCCCGAUGGAUGGGUUACAACCCCUCCAUCCCCCCGUAAUUUACGCCCAUGGGCUAACCUAAUAGUAGCUAAUAGCCCACGCUGACUUCGGACUAAUUGGCCGCGUAUGUUAUGGUCCAUGGUUAUAAUACCUAAUGUAAUGGUAACCUAUUUGCAAUCUGCAUUUUAGGAGGUAUAGCCUAUAUGCUUAGGAAAAUUCAGCAUUAACCUAACCGAGACGAUAUCAUACGUUCAUUUGGAACAGUCCGACAACGAAUCAACGUGCAGCCGAAUAGUUUUUAGCUUCCUCGAACCAUAUCGCAGCAAUUUUUCUAUCUUGUAUUUUGUGUCCAGCGGAGGGGAGGAUGUAGAUGAGACCUAGACCUAACUUUCCCCGUGAAAAACGGGGACUUCUGUCAAGGGCUUGUGCUUUCAUUUUUUUUCUGGAGGGUUACAGAAAUAACGGGACACAGUAGGAGGUUUGAGGUUGCAUUUGAGGUUGUGGAUAGUCUACAUACUUUAUAGACUAGUCUACCGUGUUUACAUAGCCUACAAUAUGAUCCUGGUUAGUUUUAUAUGCGCAGUUGUUACCAGAUCAUUGUUCAUUUUUGUUUCGCUCAUUUCUGUCUUAAGAGUGACAUUGGUUACAAAUAAUUACCUGUAUUGGUUUCUGACCUUUUUGUUCUUGCCUCUGAUUGUCGAAAUGUUUUUCACUUUGAAAAGAAGAAAAGGAAAUGGCUACAAGUGGUUUUCGCCACCUCUCUUGCUAUUUCUCAUGAGCAUUAUACCAUCUAUGUGGAUUUUGGAAUUAGACGACCACAUGAAUAAAACAAAUGAUCUUCAGUGCUGGAAACUGAACUCAGCCAAGAAUUGGACAAGCAUUAUAAAUUCCCUUAUAAACAGCCCCAUGAAAAAUGACACCUUUGAGGACCCUUUAAAAUUGCUGUCUUCUGUGUGCGCUGAUGACUGGAUUCUAGUCCUGCAUGAGAGCCUCCUGGUCCUGCUUAUUGUGGGGAAGUGGCUGCUGCCCCUCGGAGGCGGGGUGACCCGGGACAAGCUCGCACAGCUUCUCCUCAGCUUUGUGGGAACCGCCGCUGACAUACUGGAGUUCACUAACGAGACGCUCUCAGACAUAAAGGACCACAGUUCUAAACUGGUCUAUCUCAUUUUGGCAGUGUGGACAUGGAGCAUGCUUCAGUUUCCUUUUCAUCUGUCAGUGGGGAAAUCAACAGAAGACGAAUAUUGUGAGGAUCAGAGUGACUCUCUUCUGAAGAAGCAUGGAACUGAAAUCUGGAACAUCAUGCAGAGUCUCUUUAUCCAGGACGGACCCUUCCUUUUGGUCCGGCUGAUGGUCAUGAUCUACUUUGAGGUCUUGCAUCCAAUGCUGGUCUUCUUCACUGUCAAGAAUCUUCUGAUGAUAUUACUGAACCUGUACUACCUUGUUGUCAUAUGCCAGGAUUACAGAUCAUCUGCCUUGCAGGUCACAUGAGAGGGAGUUGUGGACUUGCUCACAAGAGUCAAGAAUCAAACACGAGUCAAGAGUCAAACACAUACUGAAUCCAAACACAACCGCCAAUAUGAUCAGAUAAGAUCUGUACUAUUUUUUCCGGUGAACAUAUCCGAGUUCACAAGCAGUCUAAACAGCAUAAAAGCAGAAAUAGUCAUUUUGGCAGAAUCAUCUCAAAUGGUUGUACUUCCCUUUUAAAGAAUGUGUUGUUGAAUUUAAGCUGGCUGAUACUCUUUAUAUGGGAGCACCAAUCUGAAGUGAGCUUUUUUCUGUAGAUUAUUUUCAAGAAGAUGAGUGUGAGUAAGAAUCAGGGUGAUAUGUCUGCCAAACAUUCAGUUGAGCCUCGACACAGCACCAUCCCUGUUAAUUAAAGGCAUAUGAGCUAGUGAAUCCGAGAACACAAUCAUUGUUAAGGCUGGUGGAUUUAAAAAAAUCUUUUUUCAUAGGUCGCUUGGUGUGGCUGAUUUGUAGGGGAGCCCCGUACUCUAAUAAGUGACAUUAUGUAAUAUAUUAAGGUAGAGAAAUUCUGUAACUCCCUUUGAGCCUCUGACAAAGUCAAUAUCAGAAUGUAGAAUAGAAUAUAACAAAAUAACUGUUUCUCCCUAGGUGAACUUCACUGGUUAUUUUCUCUUUUUCGGACCAUUCUCUGAAAACCCUAGAGAUGGUUGUGCGUGAAAAUCCCAGUAGAUCUGCUGUUUCUGAAAUAAUCAAACCAGCCCAUUUGGCUCCAACAACCAUGCCACUUAAAUCACCUUUCUUUCCCAUUCUGAUGCUUGGUUUGAACUUCAGCAGAUCGUCUUGACCAUGUCUACAUGCCUAAAUGCAUUGAGUUGCUGCCACAUGAUUGGCUGAUUAGAUAUUUGCAUUAACGGGUGCAGUUUGCCGGUGAGUGUAUGAUGGUAAAGCCUAGUUUAUGUUUAUUUCUUUCGUUUUGCCUGGUGGUCUAAGGUUACUGCAUGGGACAAUCUGCUCUAACCAGAUCUAACCUAGAUAGAAUGAGGAAUGGUUUACAUAUGACGUGUCUUACAGAUAUGAAUGUAUAUGAGCGCAUGGUGCACAUCUACCCUGUCUUUGUCUGCUGAACAGGGCACAAUAAUCUAAUAGUAUUUAUUACAAUUUAAUGCUCCAUUAAAUCAUUUCUAUUUUGAAAUCAACCCUUCAAAAACUGAACACUCAACUUGUUCCACAUGAGGAAAUACAUAUUAGUUUUCACAUUUGCUUUCACAUUUGGCAACAACUGUGUCACAUCACAGAAUGUUUAGACUGAAAUGUCCAAUGGGUUAUGUAAACAUAGCGAUUCUGAUGUUUGAUCAUAAAAGAUGGCCUACACUCAAGCCGUUUAGCCUUUCAACUGGCAAGGCACGCUGUCAAGUAAACAAAUGAAGAGGGGGAAAAACUUCCUGUAAAAAGUCAGCCAAAAUCCAACCCUAAGUGCUGAGAAAAAAGGAUGUGAUCCUUACAGAUCUUGAGCGUAAAACCUCAUAGAAAAAUCUCAUAGAAGGAUCUUGUAAAAAAAAUUGCAUCAGUCCAUGUGAUUUGUUAAUACCAUUAAAUUUCCAUUAUCAUGCAUGGGGGUGGAAUAUUUGUAAGUGGAUCACGGUGUGCUCUUAGGCAGAGACUGCCAAGUUUGUUUUUUUUUUCAUGUUUGGAGACUUGCACCAUGUUACAAAUCAGCGGCCAAUGUCUCAGGUGAUCUUUGUAAACAAAUCAGUCCAUUUGGUGUAGUUACUGUUGCUUAAGUUGUGUAUUGAAAGUAAACUCAUUCCAGAUGUGACAUUCUGCAUGAGAAACUAAUGUUAAUUGGAAAUGUCUGUCCGAUGAAUAAGAAGAAAAGAUGACAUAUCUCUUCAUAUUAAAACAAACCCUGUCAUAA